AUGGAAUGCAUAGGAGUUUUACCAGCGCUGGAAGAUGUUAUACAACCAACAAAUAUACCUCUAUUCGGAAUCCUGGCGGAAAAUACCACAGAACCGGGACAGUGCUAUUUCUGCUUUGAACAGAUUGAUGGAAACGAACUACUUGCGAUGACGAUGCUCAUUGUCGGUGUUUCCAAAUGUGGGCGGCGCAAUACAAUGGCACAGACAUCGAAACCGUACGGUGCGGGUACUGCAGAACACCAUUCCCGGGCAAGGAACUCUGUCACCUGUGCUUACAGAAUAAAACAACGGACAAGAACUAAACAAAACCCGAUGCUGUCAAACAACAAUCCAUAA